AUGACAAUCACAGAAGAGAAACCAGCGGUUGUAGACCCAAAGGUUGUUGAAGAAGAGGAAGAAAGCAGCGAUGAUGAAAAGGCUGUAAACCCAGAGAAUGGAACAAAUGGAGAGGCUGAAAAGAAAAAGAAGAAGAAAAAGAAGAAAAAGAAAAGUAAAUCUUCAGUUGAAGCUGUUGCUGCUGCUGCCGCUACACUCGCAAGUGGUGAAAUACCAAAGGCUGCUCCUCCACCAGCUGGUUUAGUACAAACAACACCACCAACAGUACCAGUUACAAGAUUUUAUCCAUCUGGAAUCUUCCCAGCUGGUGAAGAAUGUGAAUACAAGAAUGAUAAUUCUUACCGUACUACAAGUGCUGAAGUUAGAGAACAAGAGAAAAUUCGUUUCGAUACUGUCAAUGAAGUUCGUCGUGCUGCUGAAGUACACAGACAAGUUCGUAAAUAUGUACAAGGAAUUGUCAAACCAGGUAUUUCUUUGUUGAGUUUGGUUGAGAGUUUGGAAACUGCUUCAAAGACUCUUAUUGAAGCUAAUGGACUCAAGGCUGGUAUUGCUUUCCCAACUGGUGUUUCAAUUAAUCACAUUGCUGCUCAUUAUUCACCAAACACUGGAGAUAAGACAGUUUUAAAGUAUGAUGAUGUUUUAAAGAUUGAUUUUGGUACUCAUGUCAAUGGACACAUUAUCGAUUGUGCAUUUACAGUAAACUUUAAUCCAAAGUUUGAUCCGCUGAGAUUGGCUGUCAAGGAAGCAACCAACACUGGUAUCAGAGAGGCUGGUAUCGACGUCAGAUUGUGUGAUAUCGGUGCUGCCAUUCAAGAAGUUAUGGAAUCACAAGAAAUUGAAUUGGACGGAAAGGUUUACCCAAUCAAAUCAGUUCGUAAUCUCAAUGGUCACAGCAUUGGUCCAUAUGUCAUUCAUGCUGGUAAAACUGUACCAAUUGUUAAAGGUACUUCUGAAUCUUUCAAGAUGGAAGAAAAUGAAUUUUAUGCAAUUGAAACUUUUGGUAGUACUGGUAAAGGUUUGGUAUAUGAAGAUCUUGAGUGUAGUCAUUACAUGAAGGUUAAUAAUGCACCACAUGCAACCAUUCGUUUGGCUAGAUCCAAGCAACUUUUCCAUCACAUUUCAAAGAAUUACGAUACUCUCUGCUUUGCCAGAAGAUGGCUCGAUCAAUCAGGUGAGGACAAACAUAUUCUUGCCUUAAAGAACCUUUGCGAUCUUGGUUUGGUCGAUGCCUACCCUCCACUCGUCGAUACCAAGGGUUCAUACGUUGCUCAAUACGAACACACCAUUUUACUCCGUCCAACAUGUAAAGAAGUUUUAUCUAGAGGUUCUGAUUACUAA